AGAAGCCCAGCGACUGCAGAACCCUGCCCCAGGCACCCUGGGCGCUCUGCCCUACCGGCGGCGCCGCUCACUGCUCACGGAACGUUCUGGAAGUUUGGGAAACCCUGAGCGGUCUCUGAGGACCUGGUGAGCAGAUUGUUGCACCAUUAGAAGCUAGGUUGAUCCACAGACAGAUGGCUGAAAGUGGAAAAGAAAAAAUAAAAUGGACAACCACCAUUAUUAUUAGCUCAUCUCUUAAGAGUUAUGAAGUUGCAACUGCCCUAGAAAAUCGAAGCCACAAAGUUCGAUAUUCAGAUUCAGUGGAAAAUGGAUCAAUUAUAUUUUCUCUUUCUGGAGUUGCAUUUUUAUUAAUGGAUACUAAGGAAUGUCUUCUGUCAACUGAAGAAAUAUUUCUAGCCAAAAUUGAGAAAUUUAUUAACAUUCACCAAAAUAGUUUUUUGGUUUUGUCUGCUGCCCUCCAUGGGCCUGAAGAAUGGAAACUGAUGUUCAGGAUUCAGCAGAGAUUCCUGGGUUGUAACUUACGAAUACUUCCAGUACACAACACAGUAAAUGCUAUUAAUCUUAUGUGCACUAUAGCAAAGACUACCUCCAAACCAUACAUAGAUAGCAUUUGCUACAGAAUGAUAACAGCUAAAGCUUACAUCAUUGAGCAAAGUCCUGUUUGGAAAACACUUCAGAAGAUAAAACUGAAUAGUGAUUCAGUUAACCCAAAUUAGAGUACCAACUUAAUGUUUUUCUCGAACAAUGUGAAAAUAAUUAGACCUGUUAAAUUAUAAUAUUCAAAUAUCUAUUUAAAGACAUUUAUAUUAAUUUGAAAUAAUAACAUGUAUACAAUUAAAAGUGAUUUUAUUUUA